AAAGGAUUUCCCCCCACCAUCUCGAUGUCUCAUGGAAAUGCCAACUCGUUAACUUCUCUCACUGGAAGAAAUGGAGAACUACUGGAGUGUUCAAAAGCGGAGACAAAUGGAGCCUCUGCAACAGACAGAGUGCUGCCAGUGAGAAUUGAUGGAGGUCCUGGUGUAAGAGGCCGAGAGCCAGUUAAAAAAAAGCUGGGUACCAGCAGCACUGCCUUCAUUGGACCUGUAUGCUGUCCUCCUAAGGCAGUCCAGAGAGCUCCCAAACCCCCAAAAGUAAGGAAACUUGCCAAACCUAACAUUGAAGAGACACUGAGUGAGUUCUACAAAGAGCUUGAGGAGAUUGAUCCAAAAGACAGCGUUGACAGUAGCACGGCCAAAAAUGAAGGCUCAGUUGAAUUACUCACCGCUCAUAACCCACCACCUGCAAGAGAAGGGUCAAAUGCAAGCCAUGGCCAUAAGCAACUGAAUCACGUGCCUUGCCCACACUGGUAUGACAACGAGCCAUACCAGCCCAGGAGACCGAUACCUAGGGGGCCCAGCUAUGGUCCCUACUCAGAUCAUAAUCACUGGCAACCUCCCCCACCUUUCCACAGUCAGCCAUACUACAGGUUCCACAGACCUCCCCACCGCUUCCCGCCACCACCUCCGAUCCCCUGCCUCCCGCCACCACCUCCCGCAGACCACCGGUAUCACCCCCAACGAGAGGGCUCCCAGCAGGUCCCACCUUUUCACAGGUUCCCUGUCCCUGAUGGGUACAGGAACUCUCCAGACUUGGAUGGCCAUGGCUUUCCCCCACAGCACUCUAACAACAGAGACAGAGGGGGCUACGGUUGGAGAGAUGACAAGUAUGACCAGCAGGGUAAUGACCAGCAAGGUUCUUCUGAAUGGCAGCAGAGGUUUGACCAAGGACCUGAGCCACCUCAGCCAGAGGAUCAGCACCAACCACCAGAAGAUAAAACAUAUGACUAUGAUCCUUCUCUGGUUCUCAUUCUGAUGAGGGGAGCCCCGGGAUCUGGGAAAUCAACACUGGCCAGGGAACUGCUGUCGACAGGCUCCAGCGGGCAGGUUCUGAGUACAGAUGACUACUUCUCCCAGGAAGAAGGCUACACCUACGAUCCCAGUCUGCUGGGGGCCGCACACCACUGGAACCAGAACCGAGCACAAGAAGCCAUGUAUAAAUGCUGUUCUCCUGUCAUUAUUGAUAACACAAAUAUGCAAGCUUGGGAAAUGAAGCCAUAUGUUAAACUGGCCUUGGAGAGAGGAUACAGUAUCAACUUUCAUGAGCCUCACACCAGCUGGAAAUUUGAUCCCGUCGAGUUAGAGAAGAGAAACAAGCACAGUGUGUCAAGGGAGAAGAUUGGGCAGAUGCUGGAGCGGUUUGAGCUGCCCAUGUCCUUGGACAUUGUGAUGAACUCCCAGGAGCCUUUUAGACCCACAAGACAUCCCUCACAGCAGCAGAGACACAGCAGGGCCAACCACUCAGACUUCGACUAGUCCCUAUGUCCUGGUGUGUAUUCAUUAGUGCACACCAUAGCAAAAUGUUCUUCACUUUCGCAAAACGCUAUGCGAAAGAAAAACAAAAGCAAAUCUUUCUUAUUGGACAAGUUUAAGUAGUCCCUCCCCGUUUCUGCUUUUUUUCCCCCUAGUAAAUACAACCCGGAUGACUAUCAACCAACCACUCUCUGCCUUUGGGUUUGAAAAAUAACUAAACCACAGUCAAUGAUCAGAGACGGAGCUGUAUUACUAUUUUUUUUUUUUAAUGAUACUACCAGCAUUUUACAGGAUUGUUACUGUAUUUGAUUUAUACUGGCAGAAUUUAAAACUAUUUUUGUGAAAAUAAAAUUUUUAGUGGCACUAAAGUCACUUUUUUUCUAUGCAUUUCAACUGUAUAAAUUACAGUACCAGUCAAAAGUUUGGACACACCUACUCAUUCAAGGGUUUUUAUUUAUUUUUACUAUU